AUGGAUAUCUGUAAAAACGAAGUGACGUCCCCCUUCAAGAUUCCUCACAGAGACAAAGACAAAAACAAGACAACCUCCGUUGUAUCCACAAGGUCCCCUUUGGCUGAUCCUCAUGAUCAACGGGAGUUUUCGCAGCGUGAUAUUCAAACCAUCAAAGCGAGACAGAAGAAACGAAUUGCUGCUGAGCAAGCACAAGCACGCGAUGCUAAGAAAGUACGGAAAUCAGCGGACGCCGUCCAGGAUCCGCUAGCCGUUGUGGAUAGGAUAUGUGGUGAAAUGGCUGCUUCGCAAGUGAAGCGCGAUCAAAGGAGGGAGUCUGAAGAACGUACUCGUCAUGCAGAUGCGGAUCAUGCCUUGUCUAGAGAAGCCUUGGAAAAACAUGCACAAGAUGACACCAUGGCCAGAGAGUUUCUUCGCCGAGAUUCCUUAAUGGAGCGACUACUUGGUCAUAAGAUGCUGUACGGUCGCCUAGAAUCAUACACAGCUAUGGGUUACACGAGAGCUUAUGCACCACAGGAGGGCAGUUCUGCACACAUUGAAAACUACACUGAAGACACACUGAAAGGAAGACGUGGACCGCAUACUCCUCCACCUCCCGAAAGCACAAGCUUAAUGAUGGAGCCCAAGCAGCAGCAGUCAAAACCCAGAGGUCCUAGGACUCCUCCGGGAUCCCCAGGACCUCGUACUCCGCCUCCACCUCAAGAGUCGCAAAAUCCCGUCCCUUCCGUAGCUCCUGCCAUGCAGACCUUACUAGCAAACUUGGCGGCUAUGGCUGGUACUUCAGGCGCUCAGCUGGCCUCAUCUCUAGGAGAAGAUCUGAAUCGAAUUGUGGGCAGUGUGAAUACGGGUGUUUUCUUGGAAUCUUUCGUGACUGCGCUGCGUACUGCUACAGCACAAAGCGGUGCUUCAUUAGUAGUCGAAGAAAAACCUCCGCAACCAGCAACUCCUGCUCGUGAUGUUUCCUCCAGGUCUUUCUCACGACCUGAGGCUGAUAUGGAUUCGGUAAAAAUGGAGCUUGUUUCGGACUGUUCACUGUCUCCACUUCCGGACUCGCAGUCGCAAUCUCAGUCACCUCUCAAGGCUCCACCACCUCCUCCUCCUUUAAUCGCGCCUCCCCCUCCGCCUCCAAUCCUACCAACACGUCCUGCUUCUGUUGUGAGUAUUCAGCCGCCACCUCCACCAGUAGCUCCCAUGGUGCCUUUCAUCCCUGUAGGGGCUCCAUCAGUGCCUGGCCAGAACAUUGCCAUGCAGGCUCCACAGUGUUCAAUACCACCACCGUUCUCCAUAACUUCGACGCUUGUCAGAUUACCACCACCAAUGCCGCAAUAUCAGACUCAAGCGCCACCAGUAGUCCCUCCUCCGCAUAUGGCUAAUGCAUCUGCAGUGAACACACCACCACUAAACUCUGCUCAUAUUGCGUCGUACUCUACACAGCAGCCUGUUUGCUCCAUUUCUGCGAUGCCUAAUCUCACAAUUCCACCUCCAAGCAUCCCGACGGCCGUAACUAACACGAUAGCAAAAGCAGUGAUGGCCACAAGCAUGAAACAGCCUACCCCUGUGAUUCGAGUCACUAUAGAGGAGACUAACCAAACAUCGGUGGCGUCAGAUCCUUCUAAUCCGCUGGAGAAGUGGCGUAACACCAAUCUCGCUAGCUCUUCCGCUAAAGUCGCUAACCAAGGGGGCAACUCCUCAGGUCCAAACUAUCAUUGUGUUGACAAACGAAAUGAGAGCUCUGACGACAACCGACGAAGACAAGCUCCUCCUACGGGAGAAUCGGUGAAUUUGAAACCUUUGCAAGGAUUGCCUUUCCAACCUCCGCCGUCGCCGAAAAUGGCAGCUACCAGUCAAAGUGUCACUAACACGUUGUUGUCUGCGCUCGGAAUUACUUCUGGUUCGUCAAAGGCGCAACCCUCCAAGAAUUCGGAACAAAAGAUGGAGCGGCAACUAAGCAAGAAUCCAGUUGGUUGUGAAUUCAUGAAUACGUCACAACAAAAUCAGCAAUCGAGAAUUUACGGUAACUGUUCAGCGAACUUUGCUCCAGCUAUGUCUGCGGGACAAAAUCAGCCCAAUCCUAGCGUCGGUAGACCUUUAGACGCAGCGCGCACUCUGGGAGUUUCAGGCUUCUUUCCUCCGUUGGAACAUUCCACCGCUGUGCCUUCUCAAAAUUUAACAGUCUCUUGUGAUCGUGUUUUCAUGCCUGCGGUUCGCCCUAUGGGCCCUAUAGCACCCCGACCACUCCCGCAUAUCUCGAUUGUACAACAGCGUAACAACAUACGUCAGCCUCGCCCGCAUCGUGGAAGUGCCGGGCGUCCGUAUCGACCGAAGCAGUGA